GUGUAAUGUUAGGGUUGACGUGUGGAGGAAGAAGAACGUUAAGUUUCCUAACUAACCCACGAAAAUAGCGAUCUUCCCUAGCAUAGCGGAGCGAGAAUAUCAACCCUCUGAGUGAUACGCUAAUGGAAGGACGCUCAUCUAGGAACAAACCUAAAAGAUGAUGCUCAUCCCUGGAGAAGUGGGGGAACACCGUUUCUCUAGGGACGGACCACGUUUCAAGAGGUAGCCGUUUUCCUAAGAUAAUAAAUAGGCCCACACUAGGACUGGGAGGAGGGAGGAUAGACGAAUAUUCACUCUCUCUCUCUCUCUCUAUAGUUUUACUACUAAACUUAUCAUUUCUCUACGAUCUGACGUACUCUUUCUCAUUCCGGUGAGCGAGGUUUGACCGUGGAUCACCACAUAACCAUAAACACAGGAAGUAUUUAUUUACAUUUCUUGUUUUCUUUUCUACUUCGCACUAUAAAUUUACUGACUUGACUGUCGGAGUGCCUUCGGCCGGCACCACCCCGGUGUCCCAAGGUUUCACGGUCAUCCUUUGUCUUUGUUCCGCAAGUUGUCGGUGCCCACAAACGCUCAUUCCGAUCAUUGUAGAUUUUAGCAUCUACAAUUUGGCGCCCACCGUGGGGCCCUGACAAACUGACUGUGAGCAAGGCGAUCUAUCAUUACCACACUUCAAAUGGCAGAAGAAGGAGAGUUUGUUGCCCAGGAACAACCCAAUGUCAAUGAACAGCUUGCCACGAUAAUGGCCCAGAUGCGCGAGAUGGCUGAGCGAACUGGAGUUCUGGAGCGAGAAAAUGCAACCUUUAAGGAGGAGAACGCAGCAUUUAGGAGUGAAAAUGCCACAAUAAAAUCACAAAUGGAGUCGGUGAAGGCUACCAUGACGACUCCCAAUGUUGCUCAAAGUCCGUUCCGAGUUCCAAUUGCACCAAUGGCAUCACUAGACUCAACUCCUAUAAGAACAGAGACCCAAGUCUCUGAUCGACAAACACUUGGAGGAACAUCGACUCCAACGUUAGGAAGUCAUUCUGUCGUAGGAGGUUCUCAACCUCAACAAUCUGAACAUACUGAUAUGCAAACAGAUGGGACAAACUCUGGAGGUCUAACGACCAACAAUGUUGCCUCCGACCUGCCUACGGUCAAUCUUCCUACAACUGGCCUGCCUACGGUCAGCCUUCCUGCAACUGGCCUGCCUACGGUCAGCCUUCCUGCAACUGGCCUACCUACGGUCAGCCUUCCUACAACUGGUCAUACCACCAUUCAUACUCUAACUCAGGAGGAUUUGAUUGAACGAGCGAUCGCUCGGAGGUUCGAAGGGAUGGAAGCAAUGAUCCAACGUAUCCCAGGGGUUCCAACACCAAUAAAGAAAAGUUUGCCUAGCAGUUUUGCUGACUCACCUUUUGUUGACGCCAUUGCAUUGGUCGAGAUGCCAAAGAAGUUUGUGUUCCCAUUAAUGAGGAUGUACGACAGAACAAGCGAUCCAAACGAUCAUAUAGCCAAUUAUAAACAAAGGAUGUUCACUGCUGCCAUCCCUCGCGAGUUGCGCGAGGCAUGCAUGUGUAAGGGGUUUGGGUCUAGCUUGGCUGGCCCAGCCCUCCAAUGGUACACGAAUUUACCCAAUAAUUCGAUUUCUUCUUUUGCUCAGUUAACAGAUGUUUUUGUAGAACAAUUUGCGAGCAGUAGGAAAUUGGAGAAACUCUCAGAUGACCUAUACCGCAUCAAACAAGGAGAGGCGAAUCCUUACGAGAUUAUGUGGCGAGAUUCAAUGCUGAAAACGUUUCCAUCACAGCAUGCAACGUGGACACAGCCAUUACCACCUUCCGUAAAGGCCUGCAGGUAGAAUCUGACCUUUACAAAGAACUCACAAAAUAUCCAUGCAGGACAAUGGAGGACGUGCUUUCCAAAGCUUGGACGCAGAUCAAGUGGGAGGAAGACGAAUCCAAUAGACAAUCGACAACAUCCUACUCUUACUCUCGCGACAGUAGAGUACCGAAGAGGGUAGAGCGACGACAGUCCUACCAUUAUUCAGAACCUUAUCCAACCAACAGAUCACGAUCAUACAGAGAUAGCGAGAAC